GAUAUGUCUUGGUGCUCUGGACUAAAAGCAUCAGGCAGAAAGAAAUGGGUUUCCUGUGUUUCCUGUUUGUGAUUAUAGAAUUACAGUGCGAGCUCCUCAAAAGCUCCAGUGCAGCAGAUACCAUUAGGCCUUCCCAAUUUCUGAGGGACGGCAACACCUUGGUUUCCAGAGGUGGAAAGUUUGAACUGGGUUUCUUCAGCCCUGGUAGUACCAACCGAUUCUACCUUGGAAUAUGGUACAAAACCAUCCCAGACCGAACAAUUGUUUGGGUUGCAAAUAGAGACAAACCCAUCCAAGACCCCCCCGGGGCUUUGACCAUCAACGGCAACGGCAGUCUCCUGCUUCUCGGCCGGAAUCAGACCGUCGUGUGGUCGUCCGAACAGCCCGCUACUACUACUUAUCCAGCAGCACAGCUCUUGGACACCGGAAAUUUUGUUGUAAGAUCAGAUGAGCAGAAAGACGCCAAAUCUGGAAGUGGUAGUUAUUUGUGGCAAAGCUUUGACCACAUAUCUGAUACUCUACUCCCUGGGAUGAAGGUUGGAGCAGACUUAAGGACCGGUUUGGUCCGGCGCGUGUCGUCUUGGAAGAGCCCCGACGAUCCGUCUCCGGGGCAGCUCAGCUACGAGAUGGAAUUAAACGCUUACCCCGAGCCUGUGAUGAGAAAAGGUUCUGCCAAGGUCUUCCGGAACGGGCCCUGGAAUGGCCUCCGGUUCAGCGGAUCUGCGGUGAUCGAGCCAGACCCCAUUAUUCAUGUCCAGGUAGUGGACAAUUCAGAGGAAGUGUACUACAUGUAUAAAGUGAACAAUGACUCUAUCAUCAGCAUGUACCGGUUGAAUGACACCACGAGCUCCGGGCAUCGAUACUUUUGGGUUCAAACCGGAAAGACUUGGAAAAUCUACCUAUCGACUCCCAGAGACUACUGCGAUAACUACGGCUUGUGCGGUGCCUAUGGGGUUUGCGUGAUCUCCGAGUCGCCGGUUUGCCAGUGUAUGAAGGGGUUUGUGCCCAAGUCGCCCGCAAAAUGGAACGCGAUGGAUUGGUCAGAUGGGUGCGUGCGAAACAAGCCGCUGACGUGUGGGGAGGGAGACGGGUUUGCUAAGCUUGAAGGGUUGAAACUUCCGGAUACUGAGAGGACCUGGGUGAGUAAAAGCAUGGGUCCAAAGGAAUGCAAGGCAAACUGCUUGGCCAACUGUUCUUGCGUGGCAUACGCACAGUUCGAUAUUACAGGCUCUGGCAGUGGGUGUGUCAUGUGGUUUGGCGAUCUGGUGGACAUGCGGCAGCUCCCGGUGAGGGACCAGCCGUUGUAUAUUCGAAUGCCAUUCGCAGAAUUGAUGACAGAAGGCCGGAGUACUGAGGAACAUAUAAUACUGCUGGCAGUUGUAGUUUUCAUUUCCAUGGAUUCAGGGAUCAUUAUACUCAUCCAUUACAUCUCUAAAGCCAGGAGAAAAUUGAAAGAGAGCAACAACGUAGAAAAUAGUUACACUAAAGAAAUGCAAGAGGAAGAUAUGGAGCUACCAACAUUUGACAUGGCUAGCAUAGCUAAUGCCACUAAUAAUUUUUCGAUUGACAUGAAACUUGGAGAAGGUGGUUUUGGACCUGUGUACAAGGGCACACUACCAGAUGGUCAAGGAAUUGCUGUGAAGAGGCUUUCCUUGACUUCUGGACAAGGAUUGAAUGAAUUCAAAAAUGAAGUUACACUCAUGGCAAAGCUUCAACACCGAAAUCUAGUGAAACUUCUUGGUUGUUGCGACGAAGGAGAUGAAAGAAUAUUGAUCUACGAAUACAUGCCUAAUAGAAGCUUGGACUUCUUUUUAUUUGAUCAAACAAAAAGUAAAUUAUUAGAGUGGUCAACGCGUUUCCACAUUAUUUUUGGAAUUGCUCGGGGACUUCUGUAUCUUCAUCAAGAUUCCAGAUUGAGAAUUAUCCAUAGAGAUUUAAAAGCAAGUAAUAUCUUACUUGAUAAUGAGAUGAACGCAAAAAUUUCAGACUUUGGCUUGGCUAGAUGUUUUGGAAAUACUCAAAUCACCGCAAACACAACUAGAGUGGUUGGAACUUAUGGUUACAUGGCACCAGAAUACACUAUUGAUGGGUUGUUCUCGAUAAAAUCCGAUGUCUUUAGCUUUGGUGUUUUAUUACUCGAGAUAGUAACUGGAAAGAAGAAUAAAGGAUUUUAUCAUGCAAGCCACAAUCUUAAUCUUAUUGGAGAAGCAUGGAGAUUGUGGAAAGAAGGUAGACCCUUGGAGUUGAUUACUAAUGCACCAUAUGAAGACUCAUGCCAUGUAUCAGAAAUUCUGAGAUGCAUCCAUGUUGGAUUGUUGUGCGUGCAACAUAAACCUUGUGAUAGGCCAAGCAUGUCUUCUGUGGUUCUGAUGCUGAGUAGCGAAAACACACUAUCUCAACCCAAAAAGCCAGGAUUUUUCAUGGAUAGAAAUCUACUAGAAGAAGUAGGUACAUCCAAUCAAAACACAUUAAAUUCUGUAAAUCAGAUUUCAAUUACACUAUUACAAGCUCGAUAAAGCAAUAUUUGGGUGACUCACAAAGGUCUAUUCGAGGACUAAAGAAUCAAGGGUAUUGUUGUUCAUAUGUGUUUCUUAGUAUUUGUAUUCAAGCAAAAUAAUUUGUUAUAAAAAUACUCCAAAUUUCAAUUGC